CCAACCACGAGGGAGAAGGUCGUAUUUUUAUAUUCGUUCUCAAUUCUGUCAGUAACAUUAUGGGUGCCAACCGUCCUGAUACCGUUGCGGCGGCCGAGGCCACCGAGCGGUCCGACCCGCUGGACAACCCUACUCCACGCUCGUGUUACAACUGUCACCGGCGCAAGGUUCGCUGUGACAAGGGCCAGCCGUGCGUUCGCUGUGCCCGUAGCGGCAAGCUAUGCACCUAUCCGCCAAUUGGGCAGCGGAUUCAGCGCCCUAGAAAGACGACCAUGGCCUGGGUAGCAAACUGUCUCUAUACCCUGGAGAAGCGCCUCCCAGUACCAUCGGCAUCACUCCUUGAACCCACACCGGCAGCUGGGGCCCCUUCGUCCAACCCCCCUCAGCCACCUGCUGGGCGUCCAACGACGACCGCAGCCACACCGGGGGAGGCUGAGCACUACUUUGGAGACGAGAUUCUGGUCCAAAAGGGCUCGCACAGCGAGUACUUCAACGAGCCGCUCCACUCUAGGAUGAUUGAGCAGCAAAAGGACAUCCAAAACGUCUUGACCACCCCACCGGCCAGUGAACAGGAACUCCUGUCCCGUUUUUCCAUUUACAACCCAAUGGGGAUACUAUCUGCGGCGUCCUCGCAGCCAUGCUCCAGCUACUUCCCGCACAAGCAGACGGCCCUGAGGCUCUGGAACACGUAUCUCGAGAGGAUUGAGGCAUGCUCCGGCAUCAAGAUCCUGCACGUCCCCACAGAGGAGGUCAGGAUAUGUGCUACCAUUGAGAAUCCGGCGGGGGCUCAGCCAGAGGACUUGGCCAUGUGCUACUCCGUCUUCUUUGCCGCCAUGGCCGUCCUCCAGCCGACCGAAGCCCAGGCGCUGCUGCAGCAAGACGAUCCCUUCACAGUGCAGUUCCGAUGCAAAACCGGUUUCGAGCAGGCCUUGGCCGAAGCGGAGGUGCUGGAUAAGCCCACUUUCCCGAUGCUCUGCGCCUUGACUCUCUACCUGUCGGCGCUCCAGCUCCACAGCCGCGGCAAGGGCAUCUGGAUUCUCAACGGCAUGGCCCUCCGUAUCGCACAGGCAUUGGGCCUCCACCGUGACGGCGAACGGCUCGGCCUGCCCCCGUUCCAGGCCGAACUCCGCCGGCGAGUCUGGUGGCACAUCAUCAGCCGCGACGGCCGCGCAGCCGAGGACUUCGGCCUCCAGGGAUUCUGCUCCCGGCGUUCCGACGCCCGCCUGCCUCUCCCGAUCGACGACACCGACCUCCGCCCCGACAUGCCCGCCCUCCCGCCUCCCCGCUCCGGCGUCUUCACGGCCAUGACACUGCCCCUCGCCAACUUCGAAAUCACGCGCGCCGUGCGCCGGCUGGGCAGCAUCGCCGCCGCCGCAACACCCACAUCUCCGCCGGACGAGUCCGUCCGAGUGCAAAUCAUCCAGGAGGCGAGGCAGCGCGUCGACGAACUCCUCGCCGGCUGCAACCCCGUCAUCCCCCGCCACCGGCUGGCGCUGCUGACCUCGCGCCUAGCGAUGCAAAAUGCCGACCUCGUGUCCCGGCAGCAGUGGCUGGCGCUGAAAUACCGCAAGCAUAGCGACGAUGGUAACAGCUCGCGCGACAUGAUGCCGACGGAGAGGGACCUGGUCGAGGCGCUUGACGUGCUGGACCUGGCGCUGCAGAUAUGGGGCGACGAGAUGCUGAGGCCGUACUCGUGGCUGUGGCGGACGAAUCCAGAGUACCACGUCGUCAUGUACCUGCUCUGGCAUCUCUGCGUGCAGCCCGAGGGGCCCAACGUGGAACGGGCGUGGGUAACGGUGGAUCGGUGGUUUACCGAGAACAAGGAGAUGGGAGACGGGCAGGGACACAAGGGAGCCAUCCUGGCUGCGUUGAGGCGCAAAGCUGAGGUGAUGCGGGAUGCGAAAACCAAGGCUGCCGGACGCGAAGGGGCGGUUGGCACGCCGUGGGGCCCGGGGGUCUUGGGGGGUAUGUCUGUGGGCGGGGACAACGAGUGGAAUGGCGAUCUCAACGAGGUGCCAGACUGGGGAGCCUUUAUCCAGGCUUUCCAGUUGGACGGCCAAGAAUUUUCAGGCAUGGGAUGGUACAACUGA